AUGAAUACGAUAAUAGCAGAAAACCCAAGAAAUUUGAUCAAUUAGAAUAAAAAGCAGCCAUCUAUUGCAAACGGUAAUGCCGUAAAUGAAGCUAACACAAAAAAUAAAAUGCAUUCAUAGUAACCUACAAAUAAGCCUACUAAAUUAAAAAAAGUUGGAGAUUAUAUUUUUAUUAAAUAAAUUGGAUCUGGGGCUUAUUCAACAGUUCAUCAAGGAAAACAUAAUUAAACUUACUAAAAAGUAGCUAUCAAAAUGAUCCCUAAUAGCAAAUUAAAUGAGACAAUUUAUUAGCGAGUGGUUUCAGAGAUAAAAAUUUUAACUAGAUUGAAUCAUCCUAACAUAGUAAGGAUUAUAGAUUUUAAAAAAACUUCUCAAAAUUACUAUUUGAUUUUUGAGUUUUGCUCGAAUGGAGAUUUAGAAAAUUACAUUAAGAAGCACUAUGAAGGCAAAAUAAGUGAAACUCUUUGCUAACAAGUUAUAUUUUAAGUGAGAGAAGCUUUUAAAGAGCUGACUAAACAUAAAAUUGUACAUAGAGAUUUAAAACUCGCUAAUAUUUUAGUUGAUGAGGAAUUUACAAUCAAGAUUGCAGACUUUGGAUUUGCAAAGCAUAAUUAAGAUGAUGAUCUUUUAAAGUCUACUCUAGGAACUCCAAUUACAAUGGCUCCAGAAAUUUUGAAUGGAAAGCAAUAUAACGAAAAAUGUGAUAUUUGGAGUCUUGGAGUCAUUAUUUAUUAAAUGGUUUUUGGGAAACCACCUUUUAUGCCUGCUAAGGGAGGUGGAAUUAAUGGACUCAUAAGAGAAAUUUAGAAGGAAAAGUUUGAUUUUCCUGAUUAAAUUCCUAUAAGUGAAGAACUAAAAAAUUUGUUGAGAAGAAUGUUAACAGUCGACCCUCAAAAGAGAUUAAAUUUCAAAGAAUUAUUUAGCAACAGGUGGAUUACAGGAGAAUUCAAACCUGGAAUGAUAGGAAAUGAAGUUGAAAGUUAAGAUAUAGAUUUAACUUAAUCUUUGAAGUAAAAAAAAAAAUAGGCUAAGGAGAUUUAAGUGAAAUAAAUAAUGCAACUAACCUAAAUGUAGAUUAUUGAAAAUGAAGAGUAUCCUGAGGAAGAAUAAAAAGAUACUGAUUAAGAGUAUUUAGAAACAUAGGUAGAAGAAACAUAAGAAAAAGAUUUAGAAGACAUAGACAUUUAAGCUAUUUAGGAAGUUAAUCCAGCAAAUGAAACUCCAACACCUUAUGUUGAUGAAGCUCUAUUAUAAACACAUGAAAAAAUUCAUUUAAAUUAAAUAAACAUAUAAAAAGAUGAAUUUAAAUAAGAAAAAGUACUUAUUGCAGGUGUAAUGAAAUUCGCUCUCUCUUUAAGAAAAUAUUACGAAAAAAGAAUAAUUAUCUUUAUAGCUAACUGCAAAAAAUACAUGGACUUCUUUUAAAAAGUUCAAAACUCUUUAUGUUUUAAAAAUAAUUCUUUUUACAGAAACUCUGUCAUUUUAAGUGCUGUAAUUAUAGCUUCUAGAAUUUCUGAUUUUGUAAAAGGUAAUAUCUCUGUUAAAAUAGAAUCAGAAACACACAAUCUUGGAACUUAUUCUAACUUUACAGGUCUUUUCUUAGAGAAAGGGGAAAGUGAUCAAACUAAUUUUAUCCACAUCUUAAAAAAGAAAUAAGCUAUGUUUGUUGAAAUCAUAUAAAAGCUUUUAGCAAGCUAAUAAAUAAAUAUAUCUUCUUCUAACUCACCUGAGUACCUCUUUAUUCAAAAUCUUAUUAAAACAUAUUCUCUACAUUAAGCCACAGCAAAUAAUCAGUGCGAUUUGCAAAUAGUCAAAGAUAUGCAUGAAUUACUUGAAAUAUAUGAAAAGCUUUAAUUACCUCAACUUUAAUUACAAUCAAUUAUAAGAAGAUAAGGUGUAGAUGUAAAAAAGUUAUUUGGAGAUUUGAACAAUAUGUUUAAUCUUAUUCAAGAUACCAUUAAAGCUGAUAAAAAAUAUGUUAAAUUUCAAUAAUCUCCUUUUGAGAUAAAAAUUGGUAUAGCAGAAAUACCUUAAAGCGAAUAGCAAUUCAACGAGAUACAAAAAAAACUUUCUUAAAUAUUAAAUUUAAAUAGUGAAAAUAGCAACAAUUCUAGCUAUUUUUGCAGUGAAAGUUUAGAAACCAACAACUGA